AUGUCAUAAGAUCAACUGAUUCUAGAUGAUAUUUCAGACAUCAUGAGAAGCACAAGAAUAAUUGAUAAAUAUUUAGUUAAGGCUUUACAUUGCAUCAUUAAUGAUUACCAAUAAAAUAUGGACAUAAAUGCAUUAUUAGAUAGCCUUAAUAAUUCUAAGCACUUGGUUUGUAACAAGUAUUGUUUGUUAGAAUCUAAAUCUAAUCUUCUUAGAUAUGUAGUUAAUACUGAAAAUUACAAUAAUUACAUAAAGAUCAUAGCCUUCUUGAGUUCCCUUAUUUAAUAAUAAGAAUUGAAGUCCAUUUCCUAAUUAAAAUAAACUCAUAAACCUAAUUGUAUCCUUAUCUAACCCAAAAAGACCAAGAAUGUUCAAAAUGACAAAUCUCCGAAAAAAUGUUUCGAUAUUAAACCUAAAUAUUUUCAUUCCAAAUCUUAGACCUGGAUUUUUAAUUCUAAAUAGUACAUUUCAAAAAUAUUAGACAGAGAAUUAUCAAAAUUACAACAAUUGCAAACCCAACAUGAUGAUUACUCUAGAUAUCGUUCAUGGUCUAUUCAGUAAUAAGAAUUACAAUAAGAAAAUAAAUAAAGAUUCAAUUAUCAGCAGAGAUCAAGCAGAGAAUUAAGAUUUUCUAUAACUACUUCUACAUCGCCAAAAUAAAAAAGUUAAAUUCUACCCUAAACUAAUAAGGAACAUGAUUAUUCUAUACAAGUAAAAAGGUUAAAAAACGAAAUCUCAUAGUUAGAAUCAAAAUUAAAACUUUAUAAUUGA